AUGUCCCGCCUGCCGACUCUGUCGACGCCGGGGCGGAGUGCCAACUCGUCGCCUGGCUCUGGCAUUCCAACCCCAUCGAUUCGCCGCCCGCGGUCGUCUCUUGGCCCUGGCGCACUCCCGACUCCCGGGUCCAAGCAACAAGAUGCAGAAAUGGACUCUGCACUCAAGGACCUUCUUGGCCGUCACCGUCCGGGAUCUUCUCUGGGAUCCAUCAAGGACCGUGAAGACCCCGAGACACCCACUGCGUCUGGCCGCGGGGCAGCGGGCUAUCUUGCUCCUGGCACAGGCGACGGCGCGCGGUCUCUUCACGCUCCCAGAACACCAGCGUUCCGUCCCCGUACCCCUUCCUCAGUCAACACGCCGUCCUACACUCCAACUUCGCGUCCAGGAUCGCGUCCAACAAUGUCUGCCCGCCCAUCCCUUGCCGCGUCUGCCAACACGCCACGUCGCCCGUCGGCAGCUGCCUCGACGUCCACGCCAUACACUCGUCCGGAAUCCCGCGCCGGUGCACAAGACAAGUGGAUACCCGCGGUCGGUGACAGGGUGCGUUUACCAUCUCAUGGUUACGAAGGAACUCUCCGCUACCUUGGAACAACGCACAUUCGCGACGGCAUCUGGGCUGGUGUCGAACUCGAAGGAGCCUUCAAGGGAAGGGGACGAAAUGAUGGCACUGUUGAUGGCCACGAGUACUUCAAGUGCGCGCCCAACUGCGGUAUCUUUGCCCUUGCAGAGAAGCUCGCGCCUCCCACUUCCAGCGUUGGCCCGUCGCGUCCGGCCUCGGUGGCAUCACAUCGCUCCCUUACGUCCUCGUACUCUGCGUCUGGUCGUCAGACCCCCGCCGCUGAGCGUACCCGUCGUGCUGGUGCUACGACCCCCGGUUUGACACGCUCGAUGGCGGCGCGGCCCAAGGAAGACGCCACCCAGACGCCAACGGACGCGGGGCGCCGAACGCUUCUGGGCAACAGCACUGCGACCAAUGCCGCACGCGCCGAGGCAAGGAUCACCGCCGGAUCGCGAGCGUCCAAGUACUUGGGCAUGACUGCCAAGCAGUUGGAGGAGAGGUCCGGCACUACGCCACCAACCAAGCUCACCUCGAGCACUCUUGGCUCCAGCACGUCCACCCCCACACCGAGGAUGUCCAAGAUGGGCGCCACGACACCCGCCCGGUCCGCUCGUCCCAGCAUGGGCCUGGCUACCCCCAAAGCUCGUGGGCCGCGCAUGAGCUCUGCCGUUGAAAUGAUGCCACCACCACCCAGCCCGCAAGUCCCCAAGGUGGCUUCUGGCGGAGCAGCCGCUGCGGCCGCUGCUGCUGCGGCCAGCGCCGCUGCCACUGCUGCGCUCGAGGAAGAAAUUCAAAAGCUGCGGCGCCGCAACACCGAGCUCGAGGAGCAGGCUUCAAGUGCUGACCCUGGAGCUGACAUUGCGCGCAUUGAGGACCUUGAACGCGAGCUGGAGCGAAUGACUCAUGAGGCCGGCGAGCUGCGCAACCAGCUUUCGACUUCCAACGGCGACGCAACCGACGUUCGGCAGCAGGCCGAGGAGCUCCAGGCCAACGAAGGCAAGCUCCAGGCGGACCUCGAUGCCAAAAUGGUCGAGCUGCUUGAACUCCGUAGGGAGAUGGAGCUCGCCGCCGAGCGCUCGGCAGGCGAACUCGAGGCGGGCAUGGAGGCCAAGCGUGAAGAAGUGCGCGGGAUGGAAGAGCGCGCCCAGGCUGCCGAACACGAGGCGGGCGAGCUCAAGAAGCUGGUUGACGAGUUGACCCUGGCUGGAAACCAAAUCAUCGAGCUCAACGAAACCAAGGCGUUUUCGUACGAGCAGACUAUUCGCGAGCUUACCGACAAGCUGGACCAGGCCAACGAAGACCUCGAGACCAAGGCAGCCGCCCCAGCCGACCCUGACACUACCCCGCGCGAGGCGACCGCUGCCGAGAUUGACAACGAGACCCUCACUGCGCAAGUCAAACACCUCCAGAACCGUAUCCUCGGUCUCGAGGAGCAGCUCGAGGAGGCUCGCGGCCAGGCCGAGUCCGACUCCGACGCCUGGCAGGGCAAGUACACCAAGGCGCGCGAGAACGAAAAGGCGCUGGCCGAGCAGCUCGAGGUCGCCAAGGCCGAGAUCAGCAAGCUCAACGAGGAGGAUGGUGUGCACAGCGCUCGCGAGACCGAGCUCAAGGGUGCUCUUGCCGAGAACCAGGCCGCGCUUGAGACUGCCCGUGCUGAGAUUGAGACGUUCCGUGCUGAGGCUUCCGAGGCCGCUACUCGCUCGGCCACGAGCAAGGAAUCGCCCGUGUCUGAGACUGAGAUGGCCGAGCUCCAGAGCAGGCUCGUCUCUGCCAACACUCGCACUAACGAGCUUGAGGAGCAGGUGUCGGAGCUCGAAACCGAGGUGGCGACUGCAGUGGAGACGUCUCCUGGCGCCCGCUCGCGCCAGUCGCGCAUGUCGAACGGCUCGAUUGACGACCCCAAGAUUCUGGGCUACCACCACAUCGUCAACGACAUGAAGGCCGAGAACUCGCAGCUCAAGGCCGAAAUUGACAGCCUCAAGGAGGAGAUUAAGCUGCUCCAGGAGCUCAACGAAGCGCCCGCACCUGCCGCCAACGUCAACGGCCAUGCAGACGAGACUGCCAAGCUCCGCGCGGAGAUGACGAAGCAGGGCGCGGCCAUGAAGGAGUACGAGCGGGAGGUGUCCGAGCUCGAGUCGCUCAUCGAGUCCAAGAUCUACCGCGAGGACGAGCUGGAGACACGCCUUCAGGAGCUGGAGCGUGACGUCGACCGCUGGCGUGCCAAGGCUCAGGCCUUGGCGGCCGGCAGCGCAGCUAGCUCGGCACACAGCCGGAGCACCUCGCUCACCUCCAACGGUGUCGCGAGCAUCGACGAGACACGCUGCGAGCUGUGCGAGGGCCCUCAUGACCUGGACGCGUGCCCUGUGUUUGCUGGCACGACGUUGUCGGCGGACGCCGCUGCAGCUGGCGACGGUGGCAGCAAGAAGAAGUGGUGCAACGAUUGCGAGAGCGACGCGCACAACACAGCCGAGUGUCCUAUGGCCGACGACAUGUUCUAG